AUGGAUUCUUCUCCGGUAACCUGUCUUGGGAUUGGUCUCCCGUCUUGUCUUCGAGACCUGCCUGUAUCGACCCCGACGUCGGCCGAUUCCGAGGAUGUGGCCGCUUCCAAGGGUCAACGAGUUCGCGAGGCUAUCUGUACUCUUGGGGAGAAAUCCCAGACACCUCAAGUGGAGGUUGAGGAGGCGUGCUACCUUGCUGCUGGCUUGUCGGACGUCGUGAUUCUCUUAGAGCGACCUAAGCCUCGCCACAAUUACAUUCAACGGUGUCCAAGUCUGAAAGCUGUGGAUGAGUUAGUCAAGCUUGCUACUAACGGAACACGAAGUAUCAAUAAUACUUCUGUGAUUGAUGCAUUCUUGCUGAAGCCAGUACCCGAACAAGCUCGCCCUACCGACUCGGAAUGUUUCACCACCGUUGAGCAGAUCUUGACAAUUAAACAGCCACGCGUGCUUAUAUGCUGUUGGAGUGGCGAGUGCCAGAACGACACCCUCGCCCUACUCCGAUCCAGAGGUGUCGGUUCGGUUGCAAUGCGGUCCGUCGCACGGCUUAAUGGGAAUGAGAUGAUUGUUUACCAUUCUUUCCACCCUGCGACAGCUGUGUGCUGGAAUAAAUGUCAGCCUGCGUUGCGUGCCCUGCUCGCCUACCAUUUCGCUGCAGCCUUUCUAGAGCUACGGCACCCCCAGGAGCCGCCCGAGUGGGCUCUGAAACUCUCGAAAUCAGCCGCGGGCACCAACUGGAACGAGCGUCUAUCUCUCAAGGCCGCCGACGCCUCCUUUCGCUCCUUGCUGGUGAUCAUUCUCGGCGAUGAGAAAGUCGAUUCUGUCUGGCCUCAAACCGAGUCAACGCCUUCCCAUGUCUGGAGCGAAAUUCCCUCGACUCUCGUCCGUGAUCUCCCAACCACUUCCCAUCAGCCCGGGGCUCUUGCAGUCGCAGAGGCCACAUUGCUGUGGCGGGAGUACUUCUCUGACAAGCCCGAAUUCCAGCAAGUACUUUCGGAGCUCCUUAAGCUCGGAAAUCGACAGAAUGGCUUCUACUGA